UCUUCUUCUUCUUCUUCUUCUUCGAUCCAGGGAGCAAGGAAAUAGCAGACGCCGGAGCUCAAGCAUAUACACUAGCAGGAGAGAUUGAGAGGCCGAGAUGAGGACAUGCUUGAAAGCCAUGAACGUGUCGUUGGAGAACAAGGCAAACAGCGCCGUAGCUGCAAUACGAUCGUCGACGAAGGGAGUCGCCGUCGUCUUCCUCACACUCGUCGUCCUUGUCGUCGUCAUCUCCACGCAUUGGAUCGAUGGCACAACUCUCACAACAAUAAGCUCCAAGAAUGAACAAGUUCUUAGCUCACAACCCCGCAAACCACAGUCAAAGACCAUAAUUUUGGCCUGUGGAAACCAAACAACUCCUGUGUGCCAAAGAUCACUGUCUCCAUCUCCGUCUCCGUCUGCUAUCUCUUCUGUGCCCCAGUCGUCCCCUUCCUGCCCUGACUACUUCCGCUGGGUGCACGAAGAUCUCCGACCGUGGAAGUCCACCGGCAUCACAGAGGAGAUGGUGGGGAGAGCUCGAAAGUUCGCCACCUUCCGGUUGGUGGUGCUCGCCGGCCGAGUCUACGUUGAGCGUUACCGCCGAGCGUUUCAGACAAGAGACGUGUUCACCCUGUGGGGCAUAUUGCAGCUCGUCAGCCGGUAUCCCGGCCGCGUCCCCGACAUCGACCUCAUGUUCAACUGCGACGACACACCCGUCGUGAAGCUGGCCGACCACCGGUCAUCGCCGCCUCCACCUCUCUUCCGCUACUGCAAGGACGACAGGACCUUGGACAUCGUCUUCCCGGACUGGUCAUUCUGGGGCUGGGCUGAGCUCAAUAUAAAGCCAUGGGAGACACUGGCGAAUGAUCUGAAGCAAGGAAAUCAAAGGGUGAAAUGGAGGGACAGGAAGCCGUAUGCCUACUGGAAGGGCAAUCCAUGGGUAUCCGACAGUAGAAGGGAUCUUAUCAAGUGUAACCUCUCCAAACAUCACGACUGGAAGGCUCGUCUCUAUGAUCAGAAUUGGGAUAGGGAGAUCAAUCAAGGGUUUAAGAACUCAAACCUGGCCAACCAAUGUGAUCACAGGUACAAGAUCUACAUCGAGGGCCGAGCAUGGUCAGUGAGCCAGAAGUACAUCCUAGCAUGCGACUCGCCGGCGUUCUUUGUGAAGACUCACUUCCAUGACUUCUUCUCCAGAGCUCUGAUGCCAGGACUACACUUCUGGCCAAUAAAGGAGGACGAUAAGUGUAGAUCGAUCGAGUUCGCAGUUGACUGGGGCAACGAACACCAAGAGGAGGUAGGCAUCACAUGCAUUUCUCGCUCCAAAUCUUACGAGACGCUCAAUCACGGAAGCUUUGCAGGCACAAGCCAUGGGAAGGGCAGGCAGCAACUUCGUGCAGGAAGAGCUAAAGAUGGACUACGUCUACGACUACAUGCUGCACCUGUUAACCGAGUACGCCAAGCUGCUGAGGUACGAGCCCGCCGUACCAGAGAAAGCCACCGAGCUCUGCUCCGAGUCCAUGGCCUGCCCUGCCACCGGCCUCGUCAAGGAGUUCCUGAUGGCGUCGAUGGCGAAGUCGACGCACGACACAGAGCCGUGCGCGAUGCCUCCACCCUUCGAUCCGGAGGCGCUCCAAGUGGUGCGGGAGAAGAAAGCUGACGCCGUGACGCAAGUGGAAUUGUGGCAGCACCAAGCUUGGAAUAAAGGUGUUUGAUUUGAUUCGAAGACCUAAGAAAACUUGAUUGUAUUCAUUUGUUAUAUGAUCAGAAUUUGAGGCCAACGGAGAAGUUGGGAUGGAUAAGUUCGA